AUGUCUACAGAGGUAGGGGUGUUUCUCUGCAUUUUGAAUUUUAUACAUGGGCAAGCCAUACUGGUCAUAGCCUCUGGGGGUCCUAUAGUGGAUCAAUUUCUUACAUACAGCAGGUACUACAAACUGAGCAGCUGCAUGGGUAUUCCAUUUGGGGAAGGCUUCAAAAGAGUCACUUUGAGGGUGAAAAGGGAUGCGCUCAUGUGCACAGAGGCAUUUAUUAUUUUGGGAAUUUUCCGCAUUUUAGUGGGGCCACAGUACAGCAGGUACAGUGCCACUAAGGAGCCUGUGGCUAAGAUUCAAACUCAGCCCAAAACCUCGGCAGCCUGCCUGAUUAGGGCAGAAAAGGGGCUGUUGCACCAAUCAGAGCAGCUCGGCAUCUCUCUCAUGCCGUUCGGAGGUGCAACUGUGCCAAAUUUCCGCACGGAUGCACCUCCGAACGGCAUCUGGGCGCUUAGCGCGCGCUUAACCCAGGAAAAAGCGCAAAAAUCAGAGAAUAUUGGAGAUGGACCAGGGAAUGUGAUUGAAUCUGUCUAUGAGAUAUGCUUGACAUCAAUAAAGGCAGCAUUUCCAAUAACUGUGGAACAUCACUACUUGACUGUAGGAACUACUCAUGUAGUUGAGGACACCCCAUAG